AUGCCCCCGACAACGGCCCGUCUCCAACAACCACCAACACCCUCCUUGGUGCCAGCCCCGCGCAACCUCGUCUGCAAUCAAACACGACUUCGCUCCUCUCAACCCAGAACAGCACACUCACUCACACCAAGGCCAACCGUGAUUUCCAUCCUUUGGCCCCAAGCACUAAUUGUCUCACCAUCCACCACGGGCCUAGCCACCAUCUCUUUCGUCUCUGCCAUUUCGCUUACAGAAACAAGAACACGAGUGACAGUCAUCAGUCUUGCCAUUGCUAUCGCAAUGCCCGUGUACGGGACGUUGCUCGGCAGACACGGCAUGAAUCAGACGCCAACUAGUUUAGGCAUGCCUUCCCGUGCUGGUUAG